CAAGAUCGCACACUUAUGCUGGCAACAUACUCCACGCUCAACUUAAGAAUGAUGAAUCAGUUCACCAAGCAAAAAAUAAAUUGAAUGGUAGCUUUUAUUCAGUUAAACCUAUUGGCACCCAAAAAGGAGGACUAAAUCCAAUGGUAGCAGUCAAAAUACUAAUGUCAGUUAUAUUGCCAACAGCUAUGUUUGGUUGCGAACUGUGGAACAACUUAUCAUGUGAAAAUAUAUACUCUUUAGAUGUUGCAUAUCGUCAAAUAGCAAAAAUAAUCCAAGGCUAUGAACACAACGUGUCUUCUGAUGUUGUUCUUUAUACUCUUGGGUUGUUACCUAUAUCAUGUUACAUCAAUAAUGCAAAACUGUUAUUUUUCGAUCGCUUAUGCAGAACAUUUCAUGUAAUGACAAGGCGAGUGUUUUUAUUUAGGCUGUCUUCAUUUCUAUUAAAGGGUGUGAGUUCACAAUCAGGAUUUAUUCAUGAAAUUAUGAUGUUGAACCUUAUCAGUGAUUAUGUAGACAGUUUUGUUAAAACAGGGAAAACCAUUCAUAAAGUACUAUUUAAAAAAAUGGUAAAAUACCAGGUACAUUCACAAGAAGAGCAAAUGUGGUUAGCAAGGAUAAAUGCAAAUAGUAAUCUUGUAAUGUUCAGCAACAUUCAAAUUCAAAUUGAACCAAGUUUUGCAUGGAUAAUAGGCAAACGAAAUCCUACACACUUGUGGCAACUGGCUAACCUUGUUUACCUUUCAACUAUUCCAAACUAUAAAUCCUUUCAAUGCAAAAAAUGCAAUAUCCUAUGCAAAGAUAUAGUUGCACACUUCCUUAGGUGCUCAUACAUGUUAAACGAAAGAAAUGAUUUUCUUGAACAUUUAGUUGACAUUUUGCCAGUCAAUGAUAGCGUUAAGCUGUUAUCAGCUUCUGAAGAUAUUUUUGAACAAACUAUACUCGGUAGUAGAGUAGAUAUUUUCAUAAAUGAUGAUAUUUACGAUCAAUUCAUCAUCGAGUGUGCUACAUCUCUCUAUCAUUUAGACAGUUACUUUAAAGUAAUCAAAUCCUGAUCCUUGUAUUUACCUAGAAUUGCACUAUUAGAAAUCACAUGUCGAUAAUCAUGAUAUUGGCAAUGAACUCAAGCACUGUUUUUUGUAAAUAUGUUCCUUUGUAGUUAUAAUUUUUGUAUAUUAAAAUGAUGUAAUUGUAUAUGUUUGCUCUCCCUUGUGGAGGAAUAAAAGAUACAAUACAAUACAAU